GAACGAUAGCCUUUGUUCAGCGACAUGGUAUUACCGUUCUGAUUUAAACCGACACGGAAAGUGGAAACGUUUUGGAGAGAGAAAAUACUGACUUCGGCCAAUGUACAAAAGCAUAUUUCGAGUGCAGUUUUGUUAUUGUUCAUGGUAAAAUACAAUUUACUUUCUUCUUGCCGUUUGGGUAGAAUUAGAACUAUGUUUUACCGAGAUAUGACGAAAACCAAUCCCGUGAUCGCUGAAAAUGGGCCUGAGUGGACGCGGACAUGUUGAGGUCAGUUUUCAGAGUGUGGGGACGUGGACGUGUUGUAGUGGUCAAAUCGCAGGCACGCCUUCUUCUGUGAAAAAAAUAUAAAAGAAGGAUCGGACCAUAAUUUAUUCUGUGUGUACACAACAUGAGGGUAGUCCUUGAGGUAGUUCUGAUAUUCGUCUUGACUGAGCAGGCGCUUCUCACGCCAGUGGGAGAAUGCGACCCACAACGCCGCCCUAGAAACCAGUACUUGCGAGACUCUUCCGACAAAUGCGGGUUUUACCAAUGUGAAUAUCGUGGAACGCGCCUCCUUGGUCCGCGGCACCAUCCUUGUGCUCCGGGAACCAAAGUCCCGAUUACCUACGGUGUUGCACGGAAAUACCCGGACUUUUCGAACCCGUGCGUCCUCCGGGCGUGGUCAAAGAAAGACUGCAAGCCGGAACCAAACUGGGGCCAGUGGGGUGACUGGGGAACGUGUUCCCAGAGCUGUGGGGAAGGCGUUGCCGUUAGAAACAGGACGUGCAAGAACGGGCCCGGAUGUUCGGGGUCAGACACGGAGACUAAAAUUUGUAAUCUUCAACCGUGUCCGGAAUGGAGUCCUUGGGGCGAGUGGGUCACAUGUACUAAGACCUGCGGUGGCGGGCAGACCACAAGGUCAAGAACGUGUCGACAUGGCCCGGGAUGUCCAGGCAAUGAUAAGGAAACGAAGUCCUGCAACGUGCAGCCUUGUCCUGAGUGGAGCCAGUGGAGCGACUGGAGCAGCUGUACCAAGUCCUGUAAUGGCGGAGUGGAGACCAGGACAAGGACUUGUUCUAAUGGACCUUGUCCUGGAAGUGACAUGGAGACACGAAGUUGUAACGCUCAGCCUUGUCCUGAGUGGAGCCCGUGGAGUGACUGGAGCAGCUGUACAAAAUCCUGUGAUGGCGGAGUGGAGACCAGGACAAGAACUUGUUCUAACGGACCUUGUCCGGGAAGUGACACGGAGACACGAAGUUGUAACGCUCAGCCUUGUCCUGAGUGGAGUCCGUGGAGCGACUGGAGCAGCUGUACGAAGUCCUGUAAUGGCGGAGUGGAGACCAGGACAAGAACUUGUUCUAACGGACCUUGUCCGGGAAGUGACACGGAGACACGAAGUUGCAACGCUCAGCCCUGUCCUGAGUGGAGCCCGUGGAGCGACUGGAGCAGCUGUACAAAGUCCUGUGAUGGCGGAGUGGAGACCAGGACAAGAACUUGUUCUAACGGACCUUGUCCGGGAAGUGACACGGAGUCACGAAGUUGCAACGCUCAGCCCUGCCCACAGUGGAGACCAUGGAGUGCUUGGAGCGCUUGCUCUAAGACCUGUGGUGGCGGGCAGACGUCAAGGUCAAGGACAUGUCACAAUGGCCCUGGUUGCCAAGGAGAUAAUAAGCAGACUAAAGUCUGCGGCACCCGCCCUUGUUAUGAAUGGACUGAUUGGAUCAAUAACGACACACCCGAGGAUGGAGACGGUGAUUGGGAGGUGGACGUUAAACCGCCUCCAUGUGGUAAGGGUCACACUGCCGCUGAAAUCGAAUGCCGUGCCAUAUUGCCAAACGGCGAGCACGUGCCCUGGGAACAAGCCGGCCAGAAUCUCAAGCUUCCUUGUGUAAGCCCAAUCGGGAUUGGUUGUUACCAUGGUGACAACGGGAACUGGGUGCCAAAUGCGGAAGUUGGCCGGCAGGCUCCUACCUGCUAUGAUUACGAAGUGCGUUACUUGUGUCCAGUGAAACAAGAAGAGUAACGCGUUUGGAACAGAUAAAGUACCAAGUAAAUUACUAAGAUAAGUACUAAGUACUUUCAAAUGGAUUUCAUUCUAUAUCUGUAAUAAAAGUCAGUACUAGUCAAAGAGGUGCAAGUAUAGCAGGCAAUAUAUAAUGGUACUAGUAGCGGUAUUUAAAGAACGUGGAAGAUGAGCUGCAGAACAAAUGUUUCUACAAUAAAGACGAUUUUGAA